AUGAAGUUCCUUUCCAUCUCAAGCCUUUUCCUCGGUGCUAUGCUCUUUACCACUGUUGUCAUUGCUGCUGACACCGAGACUGAUGAUACCGAUACGGGUGCAGUGACUAAUCAAUGCGAAACCGACAAUGAAUGCGAUGCUUCAGAAGGCCAAAUUUGUGGCGAAGGCAAGUUUUGCUGCGUUGAUAGCGGCCACAAGCUCGUCCUGGCUCCAUGCUGCAAUGGUUACAAGCAACAAGAUGAGGAUGGUGAAAUCUACUGUGCCUGA